AUGGAUGGCAGUGUUGGUGGUGAAGCAGUUGCAAAUGACACUGUGGUGCUAUCCACAUUGGAUCCUAGCUGCUACAUCAUUGAUACUGAGCAUCUGGUAGAACGGUUUUGGCUCGUUACGGUCCUUGGCUCAACACUCAGUACGAUCAGCAUCGUGGAGAACAUUUUCCUCUUCCUCAUUUUCAUCACUAGCAAGCAGCACCGGCGCAGUCAUUCACUGUAUUUACUACUGUUGGCACUGACUGAUCUGUUCAUUAGCUUCACUUACAUACUAAUUAUGUCGGUGAAGGUGCUCUACCAGUACAAUGAAUGGGUUUUCUUGAAAAAGAUUUGGGUAGCCUACGUAGUUCCGAUGAUGACAAUGUCGCACGUUGCGCUUACUGCGUCCUCAUUUCUUAUUGUGUUUGCUACUGUUGAACGGUACUGUAUCACAGUAUCCAAUCGCUAUGUCGAAUUUCUGCGUGAAAAUCGUUGUUUUAUCGCUCUGAUGGCUGUAAUAAUUGGCGUUGUUACCAAGGGUACGCUGCUGCUUGAGCUUAAGGUUUGCUUAUUCUAA